CCGAAACCGCGGUCGCGGCUCCAACGCUGGGCGGCGCGGCGGUGGGCAGCAGCACUAGCGACGACCAACGUCGUUCAACACCGCCGCCGCCGCCGACGACGACGCCUCAAUCAAGCAACCGUCGCGACGCGAGGAGAAGCCGACCGAAAAGGGGGGGGACGCGCCGGGCCGGCCCACGAGAACGCUGGACUAGGGGCGCUGGCGCCGCCGUCGCCGCCAUCAUGGGCUACGGCGUGAGCCGGCAGUCGGUGUUGCGCGGCGAAGCCGACGCCGAGCUGAGCACCGCACUGACUCAGCGCCAGGCCCAGCUGGUGCGAUCCACCUGGGCAGUGCUUUCGCAGGACCUCGCCGGCACCGGGGUGAUCGUCUUCAAGCGACUGCUGACCCGCUACCCGGAGCUGUGCCGGCUGUUCCGCAAGUUCAUGACCCUUCGCGAGGACGGCAGCUACGAGUGGGACAUGGAGGGGCUGCAGCGGCACGCGCUGCUCGUCAUGCAGGGGCUGGAGGCGGCCGUCGAGAACCUCGACGACAGCCGCGUGCUCGCGGACAUCCUCUACGAGCUGGGGCGCAAGCACGCCCGCUUCAACGUCCAGGAGGACAUGUUCGACAAGCUGUGGCAGGCGCUGAAGUUUGGGCUAGAAAGCACCCUGCAGGAGCGAUUCAACCGCGAGGUGGCUCAGGCAUGGUUCCUGGUGUUCCGCUUCCUGUCUCGUCGCAUCAUAGAGGGAAUGCACAAAGCCAGGGCGGCUGCGCCCCCACCGCAGCAGCAACUGCAGCAGCCAGCGCCAACCUAGCCACGUGCCAACUGCCACCGCGCUGAAAAAAAAAUGCCAAAGAAUGCAAGGCUUGCAAGCUUCUGAUGCUGCAAUGGUACUCAACCCUGUGGUUGAACAGAGUGGCCGCGCAGCUGAUUGUGCUUUUCAGACGGACCCAUUUGACGGCUACGGCCACCAUACUUGUGUGUGUGUGUUAACCAGAUUGAGCUAGAAGACCACUUCAUGGUCUCAAAGGAGCUUUUCGGUCAGUCUUUAGCAAGACAUCAAAUGUUAAGUUUAUUAACAGGUUCCAGAGCAUCACUUGGAAAUAAGCCAGAAAUGAGGGUGGAUUAACACCAUACUUUUCACCAUGCUUGCAGAGCACAAUCAUGGCAGCAGCUGUGGUAAAGUAAUGCAUUAACCCUCUUUUCAGUAAUACGCUGUAAAGAGUCAUUGCAUGUGUUAAAAAACUGACACCCGCACGGCAACUGGUAUCUCCAUAAAAGAGCUGUAAUAAUUGUAGGGGUUUACAUACCAACACUACACUUGGACUGAUGGGCGCCAAUAUUUCAGAUUCAUUUUUCUUUAUGCGAGUGUAUAUGCCAGCAAAUAGUGGUUUUAAAGCAUUUAGCUUUAUUUGGGAGAUAACCGUGAUUUCUUUGCACGUCUAACCACUUGUGUGCGCCCGUCCCGAAGGUUGUGCAGUCUAACACAGUGGUAAAAACUGCACACUGGUACUGGUACCAUCGGUGGUACGGUAUCAUUGUUCAGUGUACCACAUGGUGGCAAGGGAGGCAUGCUCACAUUCUUCCCUCGUAACAUUUUGCAUUUCGAGACACUGUCAUUUGAGGAGCUGCGUGGGGUUCCGAACUGGUGUUUGAGGAAGUGGCUCUCAAAGCACCGGUUGGCUGCCGUGUAUGGGUAAGGCACAAUGUUAUCACUCGUAACCCAUAUUGCAGCAUAGUGCCACAAAUAACCACCUCCCAAAGCAUGCUAAACACAUUCUUGGAUAGCAACAAGGGUCGGUUCUUCAUAAAAUUUUGCUGCACUCAAUCUCCAUUGACUGCGCAGGAAUUGCACCCACGACCUUGCACUCCACGGCCCACUACGUUCCACACUGGGGCUCAAGGCGGCUGCACCUUUGCGAUGAUGCUAAGACAACAGAGAAACUUGACAUCCACUUUACCACUGUUCAACAGUGGUGUUUCAGUGUCAAGAAUGAGCUGCAUUCUUGACACUUGUUUCUAGCGCUAGCUGUUCAUUGUCAGCCACAAUGCAGGAUUUGCAAACAUAAAUUUGGAGACUUCCGACAAGCCUGCGUGACAAUCUACUUGGAGCUGAUGCCCAUGUUUCCAGCUUGUAACUAGCUGAUGGGCAGAUGGCAUUGACUCUAAGGUGCUCAAUAGCUUGGUCUGCCAUAACCAGCAUACAAUUGUGGUACCAUCAUAUGUUAAGAGCAGCGAUCAACAGCAGCAGUUAAUUUUCAUCAGUUCGUUCAGUUUUUUCUCUGCCUAAUGGUGUGCACAUUAGCCGACAGCACGUACGGCAUGAACCGUCAUGAGACUGAACUGCAGCACAUUGUAUAUCAGGCUGGUUUGAUGACAAAGUUGCCAGAGGCACACAGGUCACGAACGAAAUGUGGAUAUAAUGCUCAUGACUUCUACACGCAUCUUUUCUUGCAACAGCAGCAAUACUCUGGGCCAACUUCUUCAAACAAGCGUGCUUCUAAAUGAUCAGAAAAAAGUGAAUGACAUAGACGCGACGUGAACCUGUCAGCAACCGACCACUGUCUGCUUGGACAUUUCCAAACACAUACCACUUAGCAGGGAACAGUUCAUUUUUCCCAGCAAUGCCUUUCUCUUUAAAAAAUUAUCAGGUUUUACAUG